CGUGCUGGAUCGGAGCAUCGCAUAACGGCGUUCCGGGUAGCCGACUGCGAUGCCACUCCCUUCCUUGGCGUCAGCCUAAGCCAGCGUACAGGCCGGGAAUUUAACGUUCUCUGACUUAAAUACCAGUUGAGAAUCUCCCCGAAAGCUCGAUGUGUGUAUUUCAUCGAUCCUAUUGCUUUGUUAGCCCGUCGUGGACAGGUCCCGAAUCGCAAGUCGUUCUACCGGCUUCCAUUAUCUGGUCCUCAUUCUACACACCAAAGCUUCCAGAUGUUUGGGUUUUAUGAUAGCUCUGGCCCUUCAUCGCCUCCAGACCCUUCCAAACUCGUACUCAAACCCGAGGAAUGUCAAACUUUGACCCUCCCCGACACGCGCACCCUUGGCUUCGCAACCUACGGCUCCACAAUCCCGUCCGAUCCCGUAAUCUUCAUGUUCCAUGGCCUUCCAGGGUGCCGCAUUGUGGGCCGUGGCUGGGACAGGAUCUGCAAAAAGAUCGGUGCCCGCCUCAUUACCAUCGACCGGCCCGGCUGUGGACUUUCCACGCUCGCCGACAGAGGGCUCACCGACUGGCCUGAAGAUGUGGUGAGCCUGGCGGAUCAUCUUGGAAUCAGGCGGUUCAGCGUACUAGGGGCCAGUGGAGGUGGACCGUUCGCCCUAGCAUGCGCGCGUUUCAUUCCUAAAGAGAGACUUCGCGGCACAACUGUCGUAUGCGGAAUCGGGCCCAUGGAAGCUUUGCCAGACACAGUGCCGUAUCUCUCUUGGCGCUUGAUGGGCAUAACGCCAUGGUGUCUGAAGCUUGUGGCUCGCUAUCUUCUCCUGCCCUCCAUUAUCUUCCCCUACCGCACAAGAGACCCCUCGCGCCUGAAGCGCGUGCUGGAGGACCAGUGCAAAACCCCGGAAGAAAAAGCGCUCAUUAGUAAUGAUAGCGACAGCGACUUCCAUCUCGACGAUUCCGUCGCAGCACUCCUUGAGGCUUUCAGACAGGGCACUGCGGGGUGUAUGCAGGACGGAGCUGUGCUCGCAACGGAUUGGGGAUUCGACUUGAAGGAAGUGGAUAGCGAGAAGGUGUGGUUGGUGCAUGGGGACCAGGACACUCACGCGCCAGUGAAGAUGGCGCAGUGGAUAGACGAACGAUUGGGCGGGGGCAGGUUGAGAGUUCUAGAAGGGAAGACGCAUUUCACCAUUUGGAAGGACCACUCUGAGGAGAUAUUUCGGGAAAGUGCGGAGGCGUAGAACAUGAGAAGGUUUGGAUGUCGCUGGGAAUGUACAUACAAUAACCCCACUCAUUCAUAGAGGUUCGACGCCCUUUCACUAAACAGCGAGACCUCUUCUCGCAGCUUUUGCGGGGUGCUCCGAUCGCACGGGUGCUUGUCACUAUGAAAGGCAAAAAGUAAUUUCGAGGGAGUUGCAUGAUAGUACAUAGCAUUUAAUCGUACUUAUAAUAUCCUCUUAGGAAUACUAGACAUUAGUUAGUUAUAUAAUGCUGAG